AGCCCCCAGCUGCCUCGCCAGGUGUGUGGGACUGAAGUUCUUGGAGAAGGGAGUCCAACUCUUCAAGGUGAACUAUGACCACUUUACUCUGGGUUUUCGUGACUCUGAGGGUCAUUGCUGCAGCUGUCACUGUAGAAACUCCAGACCAUGACAACUCGCUGAGUGUCAGCAUCCCCCAACCAUCCCCUCUGAGGGUCCUCCUGGGGACCUCCCUCACCAUCCCCUGCUAUUUCAUCGACCCCAUGCACCCUGUGACCACCGCCCCCUCUACUGCCCCCCUGGCCCCAAGAAUCAAGUGGAGCCGUGUGUCCAAGGAGAAGGAGGUAGUGCUGCUGGUGGCCACUGAAGGGCGCGUGAGGGUCAACAGUGCCUACCAGGACAAAGUCUCGCUGCCCAACUACCCGGCCAUCCCCAGUGACGCCACCUUGGAAAUCCAGAGCCUGCGCUCCAAUGACUCUGGGGUCUACCGCUGCGAGGUGAUGCAUGGCAUCGAGGACAGCGAGGCCACCCUGGAGGUCGUGGUGAAAGGCAUCGUGUUCCAUUACAGAGCCAUCUCUACACGCUACACCCUCGACUUUGACAGGGCGCAGCGGGCCUGCCUGCAGAACAGUGCCAUCAUUGCCACACCCGAGCAGCUGCAGGCCGCCUACGAAGACGGCUUCCACCAGUGUGAUGCCGGCUGGCUGGCUGACCAGACUGUCAGAUACCCCAUCCACACUCCCCGGGAAGGCUGCUAUGGAGACAAGGAUGAGUUUCCUGGUGUGAGGACGUAUGGCAUCCGAGACACCAACGAGACCUAUGACGUGUACUGCUUCGCCGAGGAGAUGGAGGGUGAGGUCUUUUAUGCAACAUCUCCAGAGAAGUUCACCUUCCAGGAAGCAGCCAAUGAGUGCCGGCGACUGGGUGCCCGACUGGCCACCACGGGCCAGCUCUACCUGGCCUGGCAGGCUGGCAUGGACAUGUGCAGUGCCGGCUGGCUGGCCGACCGCAGCGUGCGCUACCCCAUCUCCAAGGCCCGGCCCAACUGCGGUGGCAACCUCCUGGGUGUGAGGACUGUCUACCUUCACGCCAACCAGACGGGCUACCCUGACCCCUCAUCCCGCUACGACGCCAUCUGCUACACAGGUGAAGACUUUGUGGACAUCCCAGAAAAUUUCUUUGGAGUAGGGGGUGAGGAGGACAUCACCGUCCAGACAGUGACCUGGCCUGACAUGGAGCUGCCACUGCCUCGAAACAUCACUGAGGGUGAAGCCCGAGGCAGUGUGAUCCUUACCGUAAAGCCCAUCUUCGAUGUCUCCCCCAGUCCCCUGCAACCUGAGGAGCCCUUCACAUUUGCCCCUGAAAUAGGGGCCACUGCCUUCCCUGAGGUUGAGAAUGAGACUGGAGAGGCCACCAGGCCCUGGGGCUUUCCCACACCUGGCCUGGGCCCUGCCACAGCAUUCACCAGUGAGGACCUCGUCGUGCAGGUGACCGCUGUCCCUGGGCAGCCGCAUUUGCCAGGGGGGGUCGUAUUCCACUACCGCCCAGGAUCCACCCGCUACUCGCUGACCUUUGAGGAGGCGCAACAGGCCUGCCUGCGCACCGGGGCAGUCAUUGCCUCACCAGAGCAGCUCCAGGCUGCCUACGAAGCAGGCUAUGAGCAGUGUGACGCCGGCUGGCUGAGGGACCAGACCGUCAGAUACCCCAUUGUGAGCCCACGGACCCCAUGCGUGGGUGACAAGGACAGCAGCCCAGGGGUCAGGACGUACGGCGUGCGCCCAUCAACAGAGACCUACGAUGUCUACUGCUAUGUGGACAGACUUGAGGGGGAGGUGUUCUUCGCCACACGUCUUGAGCAGUUCACCUUCCAGGAAGCACUGGAGUUCUGUGAAUCUCACAAUGCCACGCUGGCCACCACGGGCCAGCUCUACGCCGCCUGGAGCCGAGGCCUGGACAAGUGCUAUGCCGGCUGGCUGGCCGAUGGCAGCCUCCGCUACCCCAUCGUCACCCCAAGGCCUGCCUGCGGUGGGGACAAACCAGGCGUGAGAACGGUCUACCUCUACCCUAACCAGACGGGCCUUCCGGACCCACUGUCCCGGCACCAUGCCUUCUGCUUCCGAGGGGUUUCGGCGGUUCCUUCUCCAGGAGAAGAAGAGGGUGGCACACCCACAUCACCCUCUGGUGUGGAGGACUGGAUCGCUACCCAAGUGGUGCCUGGUGUGGCUGCUGUCCCUGUAGAAGAGGAGACAACUGCUGUACCCUUAGGGGAGACUACUGCCAUCCUAGAGUUCACCACUGAGCCGGAAAACCAGACAGAAUGGGAACCAGUCUACACCCCAAUGGGCACAUCCCCGCUGCCAGGGAUCCUUCCUACUUGGCCUCCCACUGGCACAGCAACAGAGGAAAGCACAGAAGGCCCUUCUGCAACUGAAGUGCUUACUGCCUCAAAGGAACCAUCCCCCACAGAGGUGCCAUUCCCCUCGGAGGAGCCAUCACCCUCAGAGGAACCAUUCCCCUCAGUGAGGCCAUUCCCCUCAGUGGAGCCGUCCCCCUCGGAGGAGCCAUUCCCCUCCAAGGAGCCGUCCCCCUCAGAGGAGCCAUCAGCCUCAGAAGAGCCAUAUACACCUUCACCCCCGGUGCCCAGCUGGACUGAGCUGCCAGGCUCUGGGGAGGAAUCUGGGGCCCCUGAUGUCAGUGGUGACUUCAUAGGCAGUGGAGACGUUUCAGGACACCUUGACUUCAGUGGGCAGCUGUCAGGGGACAGGGCAAGUGGACUGCCCUCUGGAGACCUUGACUCCAGUGGUCUUACUUCCACAGUGGGCUCAGGCCUGCCUGUGGACAGUGGACUAGCCUCAGGGGAUGAAGAGAGAAUUGAGUGGUCCAGCACUCCUACAGUUGGUGAACUGCCCUCUGGAGCUGAGAUCCUAGAGGGCUCUGCCUCUGAAGUUGGGGACCUCAGUGGACUUCCUUCUGGAGAAGUUCUAGGAGACCUCAGUGGGCUUCCUUCUGGAGAAGUUCUAGAGACUUCUACCUCUGGAGUAGGAGACCUCAGUGGACUUCCUUCUGGAGAAGUUGUAGAGACUUCUACCUCUGGAGUAGAGGACCUCAGUGGACUUCCCUCUGGAGGAGAAGUUCUAGAGACUUCUACCUCUGGAGUGGAGGACAUCAGCGGGCUUCCUUCUGGAGAAGUUCUAGAGACUACUGCCUCUGGAAUAGAGGAUGUCAGUGAACUUCCUUCAGGAGAAGGUCUAGAGACCUCUGCUUCUGGAGUAGAGGACCUCAGCAGGCUCCCUUCUGGAGAAGUUCUAGAGACUUCUGCCUCUGGAGUAGGGGACAUCAGUGGACUUCCUUCUGGAGGAGAAGUUCUAGAGAUUUCUGCCUCUGGAAUCAGGGACCUCAGUGGACUUCCUUCUGGAGGAGAAGGUCUAGGGACCUCUGCUUCUGGAGUAGGGACUGACCUCAGUGGACUUCCUUCUGGAAGGGAGGGUCUAGAGACUUCAGCUUCUGGAGCUGAGGACCUCAGUGGGUUGCCUUCUGGAAAAGAAGACUUGGUGGGUCCAGCUUCUGGAGACUUGGACUUGGGAAAACUGCCUUCUGGAACUCUAGGAAGUGGGCAAGCUCCAGAAACAAGUGGCCUUCCCUCUGGGUUUAGUGGCGAGUAUUCUGGGGUGGACCUUGGAAGUGGCCCACCCUCUGGCCUGCCUGACUUUAGUGGACUUCCAUCUGGAUUCCCAACUGUUUCCCUAGUGGAUUCUACAUUGGUGGAAGUGGUCACAGCCUCCACUGCAAGUGAACUGGAAGGGAGGGGAACCAUUGGCAUCAGUGGUGCGGGAGAAAUAUCUGGGCUGCCCUCCAGUGAGCUGGACAUUAGUGGGGAAGCUAGUGGACUCCCUUCAGGAACUGAACUCAGUGGCCAAGCAUCUGGGUCUCCUGAUGUCAGUGGGGAAACACCUGGACUCUUUGAUGUUAGUGGGCAGCCAUCAGGGUUUCCUGACACUAGCGGGGAAACAUCUGGAGUGACUGAGCUUAGCGGGCUCUCCUCUGGACAACCAGGUGUUAGUGGAGAAGCAUCUGGGGUUCCUUAUGGCAGUAGUCAACCCUUUGGCAUAACCGACCUGAGUGGAGAAACAUCCGGGGUCCCUGAUCUCAGUGGGCAGCCUUCAGGGUUACCAGGGUUCAGUGGGGCAACAUCAGGAGUCCCUGACCUGGUUUCUGGUGCCACGAGUGGCAGCGGUGAAUCUUCUGGCAUUACAUUUGUGGACACCAGUUUGGUUGAAGUGACCCCUACUACAUUUAAAGAAGAAGAAGGCUUAGGGUCUGUGGAACUCAGUGGCCUCCCUUCCGGAGAGGCAGAUCUGUCAGGCAGAUCUGGGAUGGUGGAUGUCAGUGGACAGUUUUCUGGAACAGUCGAUUCCAGUGGGUUUACAUCCCAGACUCCAGAAUUCAGUGGCCUACCAAUUGGCAUAGCUGAGGUCAGUGGAGAAUCCUCUGGAGCUGAGACUGGGAGCAGCCUGCCCUCGGGAGCAUAUUAUGGCAGUGGACUUCCAUCUGGUUUCCCCACUGUCUCUCUUGUAGAUAGAACUUUGGUGGAAUCUGUAACCCAGGCUCCAACAGCCCAAGAGGCAGGAGAAGGGCCUUCUGGCAUUUUAGAACUCAGUGGUACUCAUUCUGGAGCACCAGACAUGUCUGGGGACCAUUCUGGAUUUCUGGACCUAAGCGGACUGCAGUUCGGGCUGGUAGAGCCCAGUGGAGAGCCACCAAGUACCCCAUAUUUUAGUGGGGAUCUUGCCAGCACCACCGAUGUAAGUGGAGAAUCCUCUGCAGCCAUGGGCACCAGUGGAGAGGCCUCGGGACUUCCAGAAGUUACUUUAAUCACUUCUGAGUUCAUGGAGGGUGUUACUGAACCAACUGUUUCUCAGGAACUUGGCCAAAGGCCUCCUGUGACACACACACCCCAGCUUUUUGAGUCCAGUGGAGAAGCCUCCGCAGCUGGGGACAUUAGUGGAGCUACCCCAGUGCUCCCUGGGUCUGGAGUAGAAGUGUCAUCAGUCCCAGAAUCUAGCAGUGAGACGUCCGCCUAUCCUGAGGCUGGAGUUGGGGCAUCUGCUGCCCCUGAGACCAGCGGAGAAGAUUCUGGGUCACCUGAUCUGAGUGAAACCACCUCUGCAUUCCAUGAAGCUGACCUUGAGAGAUCCUCUGGCCUAGGAGUGAGCGGCAGCACUUUGACAUUUCAAGAAGGCGAGCCGUCAGCUUCCCCAGAAGUGAGUGGAGAAUCUACCACCACCGGUGAUGUGGGGACAGAGGCACCAGGCUUGCCUUCAGCCACUCCCACGGCUUCUGGAGACAGGACUGAAAUCAGCGGAGACUUGUCUGGUCAUACCUCGGGGCUGGGCAUUGUCAUCAGCACCAGCAUCCCAGAGUCUGAGUGGACCCAGCAGAGCCAGCGCCCUGCAGAGGCGCAUCUAGAAACUGAGUCCUCAAGCCUCCUGUACUCAGGAGAAGAGACUCACACAGCCGAAACAGCCACCUCCCCAACAGAUGCUUCCAUCCCAGCUUCUCCAGAAUGGACAGGUGAAUCAGAGUCAACUGUUGCAGCCCCCACCAGGUCCUGUGCAGAGGAGCCCUGUGGCGCUGGGACCUGCAAGGAGACAGAGGGUCAUGUCAUAUGCCUGUGCCCCCCUGGCUACACUGGCGAGCACUGUAACAUAGACCAGGAGGUAUGUGAAGAGGGCUGGACCAAGUACCAGGGCCACUGUUACCGCCACUUCCCAGACCGUGAGACCUGGGUGGAUGCUGAGCGCCGGUGUCGGGAGCAGCAGUCACACCUGAGCAGCAUCGUCACCCCCGAGGAGCAGGAAUUUGUCAACAACAAUGCCCAAGACUACCAGUGGAUCGGCCUGAACGACAGGACCAUCGAAGGGGACUUCCGCUGGUCAGAUGGACACCCCAUGCAAUUUGAGAACUGGCGCCCCAACCAGCCUGACAACUUCUUUGCCGCUGGAGAGGACUGUGUGGUGAUGAUCUGGCACGAGAAGGGCGAGUGGAAUGAUGUUCCCUGCAAUUACCACCUCCCCUUCACGUGUAAAAAGGGCACAGUGGCCUGUGGAGAGCCCCCUGUGGUGCAGCAUGCCAGGACCUUCGGGCAGAAGAAGGACCGGUAUGAGAUCAAUUCCCUGGUGCGGUACCAGUGCACAGAGGGGUUUGUCCAGCGCCACGUGCCCACCAUCCGGUGCCAACCCAGCGGGCACUGGGAGGAGCCUCGGAUCACCUGCACAGACGCCACCGCCUACAAACGCAGACUACAGAAGCGGAGCUCACGGCACCCUCGGAGGAGCCGCCCCAGCACGGCCCACUGAGAAGAGCUUCCAGGACGCACCCAGGACGCUGAGCCCAGGAGCCUGCCAGGCUGACGUGCAUCCCACCCAGAUGGUGUCCUCUUCUUGUCGCUUUUUGUCAAUAAGGAAUCCCAUUAAAGAAGGAAAAAAAUAAAUCCCACAUUGUGUAUGCACCCACUCACCCCUCCAAAUCAGCAAAACCGCAUCUAAUUUGUCCGCCGAAUGCCAAAGCAAAGCAAACUUAUUAUAACCCGUGGACUGAGUUUAGAGACAUUUCUUCAAUCUCCCAUCGUGCCUUUCCAGGGACCAGUGCAGGGACAGGGGGAGAAGGGGAGGGGUUAAGUUAAAUAAAGAAGAUUAUUUUUGUUUCCUGACUUUAUCCAAGAGCAGUGCAAUCGUUGGUUAUUUCACCUCCAGGGAGAGCUAGGGAGGAGGGAGGAGGGCUCCAAAGGAGCUGGAAGGGGCAGAGGCCUGACAGCAUGAAGAACUCCGAACUGCAGCUGAAUGUAUUGGAUGAGAAGGAGCCAGGAGGGCUGCACCAUCUAUAUGAGGGAGAAGCCUUGGGGGAGAGGGGCGGGUUCCUGCCUCCUGCCGAGGGUAAGCCGGCGGGGGAGAGCCAUCUGAGGGACCUUCCACUGCCUGGGGGUUGGUUCCCUCCAAGGGCCCCUCUUCCAGUGUCCUCUCUCUCACCUGGGUCUGCCACCCUAGCAGGUGGCAACUCGGCAGGGCUGCUGGGGGCACUUCCUGCCCAGUGGGGGUGCCACCCAGCCUUCUCCCCUCCCCACCCCCGCCCCCGGGACCGUGCAGGCACCAGGGUUCCGUGCACCUAUUUAUAUUUUUGAAAACUGAAGAUUAUGAUAUUAUAAUAAUAAUAAAGACCUUGGAAGAGA